GGACUUGAAUGAACUAUGCGACUACUAGCGCUUCAAGCCCCGCCCACUAGAUCCAGCGAGGUGGGACUAGAGCUCUAGCUCCUCCCAUUUGGCUCUGCAGCGAGCACCCUCUCCCUACCUCUGGUUGUAAACGGCAACCGACGUCCGGUUUUAGUGGCAGAUAUGUUACUGUACUGCAGGGAUUCAUAUGGAUGACUAACCUGGAAGUCUGUCGCAAACCAGGAUGCCGCUUUUCUUUCUUUUUUUUUUUUUUUUUUUUUCCCUGAGGAACAGUGAAAAUAAUGUCUGCAGUCAGUGGCGCACUCUUACAUUUCUAGUCCACUAGGAAUUUAUUGGAUAUUAAAAAGUCAUGGGAAUCUGGAGGUUCACGUGCUUUUCGCUUCUUUUGGGGUUUUUCCAGUCAUCAUUCUCGGAGAUCACAGGUGAUGCAGAGCUCAACGUUGCUGUUGAAGAGGGCACAAGCAUCCACAUUAAUACAAGUGCUGGCAUAAACACACAGUGUGAAGUUUGUAUAAGUCAGGUGUGCCAGUCUUCUGUGAUCCUCAGAAAUGAUACGAGUUUGAAUUUCAGCUGUUCAGAGCCAGAGAAUGUGUUCACCGUGCAGAUCAUCACAGAUAUUGAACUGCCAUUUAAAAUGAAAUCAAUCAUUGAACCCAAAGAAUACCAUGUCUUUCAAAAGUUCAGUCGGACCUUCACCUGGAAUCUGAACUCUCCUACAAAGACAACCUAUUUUAAUUUCAGUAGGACUGGUUUACGGCAGAUUCAUCCUACAGACAGCUGCCCAGACAAACACGUUUACAUGAUCACAUCGAAGGAUGUCAGUGUUGGGAGGUUUUGUCAGAAUGGAACCAUUACAGAAAUCCAAGUGCGUAAUGUUGGAAAACUGUCAUUGGAAGUGUCUGGAGGUCAACCUCUGGACCUGAAAGAUAUCAGUGUAUCACUGGGAUUUGUCAUUUACGGAUCACUGGCUGCUAUCAAAGUUGUUCUCCCAGAGAUGAGUUCAACUCAGGAUUUCUUUACCCCAAACACUUUUCCUGAAAAUGCUGUGUUAACAUGGCGUUUCAAAGUGCCCCAUGCGUACUACAUAGAUGUCCACAUUAUGAACUACACUGUUCCAACAUGCAUCCAACCUGAAAACAUCCCAAAAAUUAAGUACAUUCGGUACAGCAAGAAAGAUCUGGUAAAACCGCUGGAUGUCACCCAGCCAUUGGCAGAGACUGGAGACAUUGCCCUCAUUAUAAAGAACUGCAACAUGUCCAAGACAGAUCCUCCAUCGGAAGGCCUAAUGGUGCACUUUCAAAUCUCUUCCAUCAAGAGAAAAACGGGGCAAUGCAAAAGGAAACUGCCUGAGAAUGAAAUGCUACAAAUACGUGUGAUGAAAAAGGAUCCCAAGUCCCUCUGUGUGUUAAAACUUGAUUCAGAUGUAAUGGACACAGUCACCAUAGCUUCGGGGGACUAUUAUGACAUUGAAUUCUUUGACUGUAACAAGGAUGAACUAGAGUUUACUGUCAACCAGACCAGAGAAUGUAAAGAAUGGAGAAACUGUGCAUACUUAACAUUCCCUAUAACCUUCAAUUACGAGCAGAACUGUAUCCCAGGAGUUCUGAAGAUGAUCACAUGGCACCUUCAUGGCCCACAGAACAGUUCAGUGGAGCUACAGUCCCCUACAGGUCUGCGUUACUGUCUGCCUGAGGAUGAAUGCAAUAGCAACCUCCUCCUUAAUGUGUCCCAUGAUAACCCUGACAUCACUGUUGGGCAGUUUUGUCCAAGUGGAACCAUUGAGAAAAUCCAGAUCCGUGAAUCCAAGAUUGCAGUAACUGCCUCCGUUACAAGUUUCAAUGACCAGAAUUUGGCAACUGAACUUUUUUUAACUUAUUCAUUUACACAAGAUAUAUCAGAGGACUAUAUAUUUACUGUUGCACCAAAAUUGGAUAAUCCUACCGUGUUGGCGACCCCAGCCUGGCCGUCUGGGAUGAAACCCUCCAGCAAUGUGUCUUGGAUCAUUAACAUGGAGCCACAGCUUAAGAGCAAUCUGAAGUUCAUGAAUGUCAGCCAACCCGAGUGUAUGGAGGUGCAAACAAACAUUGUGGCGCAGACCAUUCUGCCUCAAAUGAUAGUCUACAGUGCUAAAACGGAAGAGAAUAUUAAUGAUGUCCUGGUCCCAGAAAGUUUUUACCUUAACAUGACUAACUGUAAGUCCCCGACAGGAAGCUUCAGGGCAAUGAUGGAGAUCACACUGCAGAACAACACAAAGAACCAUCUGGGCAUCAUCCUGAGUAUUGUGGGCAUUGUGUUAAUGAUCAUAACAGCAGUGGUGAUCUGGAUUUUUCUCAGGAAAAAGAAGAAGAAUAAGACUCCCCCAGUGUCCAACUACAAUCCCAAUGCUUUUCUUCCAGGCCUCCAUGGUAUCCCCAAAACACAGGAGGAGGAAGAUCCUCACUCCUAUGUGUACAUAGAUGACACACUAGUAUAUUCCCAUCUGCUUGAUAAAGAAGCUGAAAAUGAACAAUGUAAAGAUGAGAGUGGCCCACCUUUACCUGACAGACCAGUCGGCAAAGGUGAAAGCCUAGUCACUAAAGGCAGUGGGAUGGUUGACAAUGAGCUCUAUGGUUACUUUCAGGGACAGUCAACUACAUCUGGCUCACCAAAGUCUCCCAUCAAAACCUCUGAGGAUGAGGCCUGUGAAACCAGACUGUGUGAGAGAGAAGAGAGUCCUUGAUGGAAUUUAAUUUUCUACUGUAAAAUAUUUUUUUAGGUGUCUACAACGUUUGUAUAUGUAGUGAUUUUAUGUUUGAACAGGUUGUAUGUUUUAAAGAUUGUAUGUUUUGUAUGCUAUUGCUAUAUUACCAAUAAAAUUUUAUCAACAUCAACAAAAGCAUCUUUACUCUGCAAAGGUGGAACAGAAGCUGUAUUGAUGUUUAUUUACAUCUACUGUUUAAUGCAGCUCAAAAGUGGUAUUGUCACAGACACGCCAGGCUCUCCCGUCAGCCAAUCACUGCGCACUCCCUCACCCGAUUACUGAUCCCACACACCUGAUCCCCAUCUGCACCUCAUCACCACGGACCAUAAAACCAGCACUCACCUUCUGCCUGUUGUCCGAUCUCGUUCAUGUGAAGGACUCUUCUAGUCGUUCUCCUCAUCCUCUAGAAUUACCUACCUGUUUCUACUCCAGCGUGUUUCCCAGUCUAAGUGUCUCCAGCAUCCGUGUGUGUGAGUGUGUUCACCUGCUGUCAUCUCCAGACAUCCACUCCACUUUCAUUAUCCACACUUGCAAGUAUAAAGACUAUCAGUUGGUUACAUCAUUCAUCUCCAUUAUAUUCACCAUCUACUUACCUCCUCUAUUUGUUCAUCCUCU